AUGAGGAGGCCGGAGAUAAUUUUGUUCGGCGAUUCGAUAACGGCGCAGUCGUUCAGAUCCGGAGGGUGGGGAUCUCGUCUAGCCGACGCUUACUCUCGGAAGGCUGAUGUUGUGGUUCGUGGCUAUGGCGGCUACAACACCAGAUGGGCCCUCUUCUUGCUUCAUCACAUUUUCCCUCUUGGAUCUUCUUCAACUUCUCCUGUUGCUACGACGAUAUUUUUUGGUGCAAACGAUGCAGCUCUCAGAGGCAGGACGAGUGAUAGGCAGCAUGUGCCAGUGGAAGAGUACAAAGAUAACAUCAGAAAAAUUGUUGAGCAUUUAAAGAAAUGUUCACCUACCAUGCUAAUUGUGCUUGUAACUCCACCACCAAUCGAUGAAGCUGGACGGCAAAGUUAUGCAGAAUCAAUCUAUGGUGAAAAAGCUAUGAAGAAGCCUGAAAGAACUAACGAAAUCACAGGAAUCUACGCACAACAUUGUGUUGCAUUAGCUGAGGAACUUGGUCUGCGAUGUGUCAACCUAUGGUCCAAAAUGCAGGAAACCGAUGAUUGGCAGAAAAAGUACCUAAGCGAUGGACUCCAUCUCACUCCUCAAGGCAAUGGAGUAGUUUAUGAAGAAGUUUCGAGAGUGUUUAGAGAAGCUUGGCUUGCUCCUGAUGAAAUGCCGUUAGAUUUCCCUCAUCAUUCGCAGAUCGAUGAUAAAAACCCGUCAAAAGCUUUCGAAGAUCGAUGCUUGUAA